AGCUUUGGGCCAUUUUUAGAUCAUUAUACAUCGUGAUCUCAUUCCUUCACAAAGAAGACUGAAAAAGAGCCAAACCGACGAUACAUUUCUCAUAGGAACGGUAAUAAAGCGACAAGCAGCCGCUACAAACAGCUUUUGCCUCACCAAGUUCAUGCUCAGUACUUCCGCAGAGGACCUGAUAGAAUAAUCGUCGAAAUAACUAUUAUAUUACAUCGCCAGAAGUCGGUCGACUGAGGACUAGCGUCAUACGACCAGCGAGUAAAGGGAGAGGUAGAGGGUAGUCAAGUGGAACGUCUGGGCUAGCAUCAUCAACGGUCAUUGACCUUGUCAGAAGACAAGAUGGCAUCCCCACCUCGAACAGAGACGAGUUCCUCUGCCGUACCAACACGCACCGUCCCAUCCCACGUGGUUGUCAUGGCAACGGACAACAAAGAAACCACGCCCUGCUGUUGUUGCUGUGACGAUGGUUGUGAAGAGGAGAACGAGGAGCGCGGGAACUGGUCCUGUAACUUCGAGUCCAUCCUGGCGAGCAUCAGCUACGCUAUCGGACCGGCAUAUCUGUGGGCGAUGCCCUACGUGAUUUCCAGAAAUGGAGGAGGUGCAUUGGCCACGUACCUGGUCUUGCAGAUGUUCAUCAGCUUCCCCAUUGUCUACCUGGAGAUGGCGCUGGGACAGUACACGUCACAGGGACCUAUCCGUGCAUGGAGAGGGGUGCCCAUACUGCAGGGCAUCGGCGUAGGAAUGGUUGUGAUGUCGGCCAUCGUCUGUAUCUAUUACAACAGCCUGGUGGCGCAGAUACUGUACUACCUGUUCUACGUCACCGGGGAUUUAAACAGAGCAACGUCAUGUGCCAACGUGUGGAACACUCCUGGGUGCGCCAACUCGACCUCCCGUCCUUUUGCAGCCGAGGAGUACCGUCAUAAUUAUGUCCUCCAACUGAGUGACGGCAUCGGCAACUUGGGGGCUGUGCGAGGCCCCCUGGCGGGAUUUCUGAUCCUUGCAUGGCUGCUGGUGGCAGUCGCUCUCAGCUUCGGAGCCAAGUCUCUGGGGAAGGUUGCGUACGUGACAACUCUCGUUCCCACCGUCCUGAUUGUCGUCAUGUUCGUCCGUGCCGUGAGUUUGCCGGGAGCUUCGAACGGGAUUCGUCGCUUUUUCGCGGCUCCCCGAGUAGGAGUGAAUAAUAUGAAUCAACGCCUUUAUCCAACGAUGAUAAGUAACAUUGUUUUCCGACUGAGCCUGGGUUAUGGUGGCUACACGACACUGGCUUCUUACAACCGGUUCCACAACAACGUUCUCAGGGAUGCCAUAUUGGUUGUUUUCAUCGACUUCCUGGUGAUGCUGUUCUGUGUGCUAACGACCUUUGCAUUCAACGGAUACCUGUUGUAUGAACGCAACAGUGUAGUGAUAAGGCCAGGAUUUGACUUCGCGUUCGUCUCCAUGGUGGAAGUGUUCUCCAGUCUCCCAUCAGGGGCAGGCUGGGCUGGCCUGUUCUUCUUCACACUCUUCCUGAUGGCUUUAGGUUCUCAGAUUGUUUUGGUGGAAACCGUCGUUACUUCCCUGACUGACCUGAUCCCGAAGGGACUGAUGAAGAACCUGCCAGGCCGGGAGUCCGGGCUGCUGAGUAAGAGGAUGCUGCUGCACGGUGUGAUGACUGUGGCUGUCUGUUUCCUGUUCUUCCUGCUGGGACUGCCGUAUGUUACACAGGGAGGAAGUCACCUGUUAUCCUUAGUGGACAUUUACAAUAGCAUCAUCCAACCUUACAUCUUCAUCCUCCUGGAGUGUGUGGCGCUCUCCCUUCUCUACGGUGCCAGUUGUAGCCGCUGCUGCCCUGCGCUGAACCGCUGGAUGUCUGACCUGAGCCACAUGCUGCAGCACGUCUGCUGUUUCUGCUGUGCCACCAUCGUGAACGGGAUGGCAGCAGCGGCCUGCGUGUACUACAUCCCCAUCCUCAUGCUGGUCAGUCACUACGUAUUUACAUAUUCAACAGCAUAAACAA